GCAAUAUGGAUGGCUCAUUAGCGACUCAUUUGAGGCGUAGUGCUUUUGAAAAAGCCGUGUUCUCGGAUGUUUCCAUAACGUUUGCUUAUGGCGCGUUGCCAUUCUCGCUGACCUAUGACCUGCACAAAGUCAUUCUCAUGCAAUCACCCUUUCUUCACGAUCUUUUGCUGGAACAAGGCUCGCAAAAGGACCGUCGCUUGCAGUUCACAAUCGAUUUGCAACGAGCACUGGCCUAUAAAGGCUUUCUUCCAACACUAUUGGCUGGCCCUCCAAACCCAGAACGUCGUUUGACCUACCGUAUUCUUGGAUCCCAUAUCGCGUUCAACCUAUGCUGGCUGUACGAGACGGAUAAGCAAGCUCUUUUGGAUACUUUGCAACCAGACGACAUUAUUCGAGUGCUGAUAAUUUCCAUUUUAUUUGAUAUCAAUGAUCUGACUCAGCAAUGCUUACGUCUAUACAUGUCGAAACGUCUAGCUGUAGACACCAUUGUUUCCGACCUUCACUUGAUUGGUCAGCUUCCUCAUUCUUCCACUUACUACCAUGAACUUCGAGACGCUGCCUUAUUGAUUCUGUUUCGCAAUGGUGCUGAAAACGCCGAAAGUCUUUGCGAAUUACCCUUGGAUUGGAUGCAAGACAUUUUGAGUGCUGAACUUUUGUUCGUCCAAGGCGAGUUUGAGCGGUAUAUGAUUUUGAAACGCAUACUGCAAACCUUGAUAGACGAAGUUGAAAACACAAUGCGAAUGAACGACUCUGAAGCCAUUGAACGAAAUAAGCAACGACUUUCAAGCUUUACUUCAUCAGACAGCAUCGAUGUUGACCAGCCUGGAGCUGACAUCACUGCAGAGGAAAUUAUGUCGCGAAAGAGGAAGAGGCAGAACGAUGAUAGCCAGCAGGCUGAAACACGAUUUUUGGCCACCAGACCCUCGCGAUACAAGUUUGAUUAUUCGAGCAAAGUUAGUUCACUUAAAAAUUACAGCCACUUGCCAGCCGGUUCGCCAUACAGUGACAAGAUCAACGCGCUUCGAUCCUUGCUGAAUGACAGCAUAAUUUAUAGCAACAUGACCUUCUCGCAACUGAGUCUAGUUCGAGCAGAUGGUCUUGUAGAAGAAGGCACUGUAUUCCGCGCGCUUUGGCAGAGGGAAGCCCUAGAACGGCUGGUAUUCCCAACUGUCGAUUUGAAAGCUGACAAAUCUCAUGAAGACGGCAGCACGGAAUUGAUACCAGAUCGACAUGAUGCUCUUAGUGAAUACUUUGAUGUGGGUGCAAACAGCGGUCUCAACCAAACCAGUAUUGCAAAGAAAAAGCGUAUGCUACUAGGAACCCCAAAGUUUCGAUUUGGAACUAGCAUUCAGCUGACAUCCAUGAGAAAGAGCGAAUGGAAAGAAGAUAUGAUAUUCCUGGGACAAGACGAUGAAGAAGAGGCAGACGCUAUUGAGAGAAUGCUUAGUGAUCCGAAUGGUGAUCUUGCAAGUUGUCAAGGCUACUCCAGCGACGAUGAGAAUGACCAAGAAAACGAACCUCUUCUAGGUGAGCACUGGCAAGGUAGAGACCCCGGCAGCAUGGUGGCUAGUAAGCUAUCAUCCAAGCGAGCACUGGCUCAACUUGUGGCACAAACAUCCAAUGAUUAUCCAAGCAAGUAUGUGAAGGCUUUGCGCAAUACAUUUUACUCAGCACCAAAGACAAUCCUAGGUACUCGUUACCGUGUCAGAGUCGAAGCUUUCGUCUUAUCCUUUGAAAACUUGCCAAAGAAACUAGUCUGCAAUUUUGAGUUACAAAGAAGCAAAGGGAAAAUCGAUUUUCGCCGUUAUCAAAUACGAAGGACCGCCAGGGAGUCCCUUGAGGCAUUAGCCAUCUCACAAAACGACUCUAGCUCUACUGUGUCGACGGUUCGAAGCAAAUCCACCUUUGAGACUUUUUCUCCUCAGCCCAUGUCCAAACGCCAAGCGACGCGACAACCAACACCAUCUCGUUUUCCAUACUCACAUGCAUCUCCGCCCAACUAUCAUCAAGACCAAACAAAACAAGAAAAAAUCAAGUCUAGUCGACGUCGCGCAUCAUCCACGCCGCCCAAGCCUUCCAUUGCCCUUUUGAAAGAAUUGGAGGGUGCUGGAGGAAAGAGUACGAAACAGAUGAAAGACAGAAAAGUUACGUAUUCCUUAUACUGUCUCAACCGUCACAUGGUUGCUGAUGCGGAUGGCAUUGUCUCGGCACCUGUGGAGCGUGAGCACCGAGCGUUCAUGCCUGUAUCAAAAUGUGAGAUGUCGGAAGAAAGUGACGACAAGUGGAUGGCUGCUGAAAGGGUGCCUGGAAAAAGCUACACCACCAACGUAGUCCUGACUGACGGAAUUGCUGAAACCUCCAACAUCGAUGUUAUGGUCGUUAUGGAGCUUUUUGAUCUCAGUUUGGCGUAAACAACACAUCCUCUCAUUUUUUAUUUCUCUUUGACACUCAAACUUUGUAUCGUUUUUAUUGCUGUUUCUGUACAAAUCUGUAAUAAAUUAAAUUUGUAAAAAAGAAUGGAUGAAUGAAAAGUAUGGCCAUCAGACUAUAGAAUCUCAGAGCAGCGUGGUUACUUCAACACUGUUUCUGUUGACUUGCAACGUGUGAUCUGAGAUUCCAGCGUUACAAAUGUCUACCGGAUGCAGAGUUUCAUCGCAACACAGCUACUACAUCAGUAGUGCGGUUACAAGAAACCCGAUACCGAAUAGCGUGGUAUUGUACCGUUCUGGAAGACAGAGUCAACGUCUAGUCACAGACAGCAUCAGAUUUGGCUAAUUGGUCAUC